AUGGCGACAUCAUCAUCAUCUUCCGGUCUAAAUCGAUAUUUGGCUUCCGACUUCAAGAGACUCACCAAUCGCUCGACGCGUCGUUUUACUACCCCAGGUUUUACCCCAGAUUUGGCACAUGCGCAAGAGCCUCCUCAUGCAGAACGCUCUAGCAAAGCUCCCGCUGCAAUCUUAAACGUUACCACUUCCGACAAGCGCGCCCAUGUCACUUCCUCUUUGGCACAUCAGGACGAUCAAUCGGGGCCUCGAAGGCCCAUGGAUAUCGCGCACGGUGGUAACAAGACUGUUUCGCGUCCGAGUAAUAGCAGCAGCAGGGACAGUUCCUUAGCCGGCUCGUCCGGCCAGUUGGACGCGUGUGUGAAAGAGGAUAAUAGUGCUGUCAAAACCGUCAGCAAACGGAGCAAGAGCUACACCAACCUAAGAACCGGUAUCUCUGAACUAUCUGGAUGGGACCUUGAAUUUCCGAGGCGAAAGGAAGAGGACCGGCCCGUCAAGAAGAAGGAGUAUGGUUCUGGAGAGGCGCCCCUGGAGAAGUUGCCGAGCGAGGUCCUUGAUGAUGUGAUCGCCAAUCUAGCCAUCGAUCUCCCACCAUCAGGCUAUGCCCCACGCAAUGUCGAUCUCAUUGCAUGCCUACUUACCUCAAAAACGCUUCACGUGGCCACAAUUAACACCUUGUAUAAACAGAUCACCAUUCCCCACUCUCAGAUAUUUUCCAAAUUUCUGAGCCAUUUGAAUGAAUAUCAAGGUCUCGGAACCCUAGUCAGGAGACUAGAUCUCUCUCACUUCACCUCCGUUGGUCUUGGUCGAUCACGCCAGACCAACUCUGAAAUCCAAAAUCUAACUCCAAGAACCUUGGUUAAAUGUCUCGAGCUCACUCCUUGGGUUCAGGAGAUCCUGCUACAGGAGAACUUGGAUGACGACGUAGAUUCAAAUGUCCUCAAGACGGUUUUGGUUCGUCUACCAAAGCUUCGAGCGCUCGAUCUCUGCGCAUGCUCAUCGCAGCCAUUUGUCGAGUCCUUUUCUUCGGUCAUGCGAGAGCUGCGCGAUAAUCCCUCGACCAUGCUUGGCCUCAAGCGACUAAGUCUUCACGAAUGUUUCACUCUUCCGGGUUCCGCAUUCGAAACACUUCUCCCACGCUUGACGCAAUUGUCCCAUCUCGAUGUGUCACACACCCGUAUAACGGACAUGGCGCUCGCCUCUCUGCCUAUCUCGGCACGACUGACGCACCUGAACCUUGGCCGAUGCACCACCGUGACUGGCGAAGGCGUCGUCGAUUUCCUCACUUCUCACCCUGCUGCCAAAAGUCUAGUAUAUCUUAAUCUCUCAUGCGAUAUCUCUCGAUAUCGGCUCCUUUGGGAAGCGGAUGUCGAUCGCCUUCUCCCUGCUCUUCCGACCACUCUCCGUUCACUCAACCUCAACGGCGCUCAUAUCCAUCCACACCACAUCCGCCACCUCCUACCUCUGACCAAGCACGUGGAAGAGCUUGGUCUUGCUACUGCAAAUCUCUCGCUUGAGGACGUGAACAACCUCUUCCGACCCAAUCUAUCAUCUCUGAACUCUCAGGACCAGGACAACGAACAGGCUUGGGUACCGUCAAAUCUUCACUAUCUUGAUCUAACCGCCAUCCCGUCCAUCACUCAAUCCAGCCUUUUCAACACUCCCCAGCCCUCCAACAUCCUUCUCACGCCACAGACCGUCCCCCUCGAAGUCAUUGAGUUGGGCGACAAAACCAUCUCUUCCCUGCGCGAGUGCAGGAAUACCAACAAACGCCUCGGCUGGUGUGUAAAGGAACUUGGACGACGAGGCUGGUAUGUUCGUGAGCCCGUCAAUAGUGCGAAUGGCAGCGACAGUGGAAGUACCACUAGCAGCAACAGCAGCAGCAGCAGCCUUAUGAACGCAGAGACUGGUCAGCAGAGAGGAAGUCGGCGCUCGUGGAAGAUGGGCGCAAUGUGGUGGGGCAUGAGAAAAGUACCCGUUGCGUGGAGCGAAGUUGGGGGCUUGUACGGACAUUACAUGUUCAAAAAAUGA